CGCGGCGCCGGCCCAUGAAGCUUUCCGGCGCGGGGCGCGGCAGCGCGGGCCGGCCAUGGGGGGCAGCCUGCGGGUGGCCGUUCUGGGCGCUCCAGGAGUGGGCAAGACGGCCAUCAUCCGCCAGUUCCUGUUUGGCGACUAUCCCGAACGCCACCGACCCACGGACGGGCCCCGCCUCUAUCGGCCCGCGGUGCUGCUCGACGGCGCUGUCUACGACCUGAGCAUCCGCGACGGCGACGUCGCUGGCCCCGGCCCGAGCCCCGGAGGUGUCGAGGAAUGUCCUGACUCUAAAGACUGGAGCUUGCAGGAUACGGACGCCUUCGUGCUCGUCUACGACAUCUGCAGCCCGGACAGUUUCGAUUACGUGAAGGCCCUGCGGCAGCGCAUCGCGGAGACCAGGCCGGCGGGAGCGCCCGAGGCACCCAUCCUCGUGGUAGGCAACAAGCGGGACCGGCAGAGGCUGCGCUUCGGACCUCGGCGUGCACUGGCCGCCUUGGUGCGCAGGGGCUGGCGCUGUGGCUACCUCGAAUGCUCCGCCAAGUACAACUGGCACGUGCUGCGUCUCUUCCGCGAGCUUUUGCGCUGUGCUCUGGUACGCGCACGUCCUGCACAUCCAGCCCUGCGCCUGCAGGGGGCGCUGCAUCCAGCGCGCUGUAUCCUCAUGUGACCGGAUUGGACAAGAUUGCCCAACCUCACUCGGAUUGGACAGAGAAAUCUCCUCCCUGAUUGGAUAAGGAAAACUCCCACCUAGUCUCCUGGGCGACCGGCCUCUCUUUGAACUACACUGGGGCCCAACGCCCCAUUGGACAAGAUCAAUCCUUUCUGGGGCCUCAUUGGGUCACAGUCGAUGGAAAGGACUUGGCUAUGUAUCUGAUUGGGAGAUCGAACUGUUCCUAGCGCCUCAUUGGACACAAUCCCUAAGUCCCGCCUCUCUGGAGGUAAUAAAAAAGAAACAAAGUACACCUGAGAUUUUUUUGUUCUGGGAUGGGCAAGACAGAGACUUGAUUUUGGACUAGAGCUACCAAGCUUGGCCCCUUGGCAAUUAACUCCAGAAUCCCAACUUGAGGACUGUCAAAGGGGUGCG